GCACGAACGCGUAAUUUUAUCAUUUGUCUAUUUCCAUUGCCAUUAAUGUUUCCCAAUCUCCACUACUCUCUCUCUCUCUCUGUCUGUCUCUCUAGUCUCUCUCUCUCUGCAAGUUUGCAACGCGAUGUGCCUGAGGAGUUCCUUCUCUCGUAGAUUCUCCAGGUCUUUCAAGGAACUGAACGAGAAAAGCGGGCGCGUUCGCGACUCGGACGAGGCCGUUGGGUCAGGCAGGGGAGGAGGGGCGGGCCAGCCCGACCGCUCAUGGGCCGGAAUGCUCCCUGAGCUACUGGCAGAGAUCAUACAGCGUGUGGAGAGGAGUGAUGGCGACCUCCGCCAAAACAUCGUUGCUUGCGCCUGCGUCUGCAAGAGGUGGAGACAGAUCACCAAAGAGAUCGUUCCUUCCCCUUCCCUCACCGGCAUAAUCACUUUCCCUUCUUGCCUCAAAAAGCCGGGACCACGUGAGCUGCCACAUCAAUGCCUUAUAAAACGGAACAAGAAGACAUCAACGUUUUACCUCUAUCUCUCCCUUACACCGUCAUUCACAGAUAAGGGAAAGUUUCUCUUGGCAGCACGAAAGUAUAGGAAUGGUGCUCACACUGAGUAUAUCAUUUCACUUGAUGCUGAUGACCUAUCUCAAGGAAGUAAUGCUUAUGUUGGAAAGUUAAGUUCGGACUUUCUUGGCACGAAUUUUGCAAUUUAUGACAGCCAACCACCACACAGUGGCGCAAAACCCUCAAUUAGCAGAGGCAGCCGUCGUUUUGCAAGCAAACAAAUUAGUCCCCAAGUUCCAGCUGGGAAUUUUGAGGUUGGGCAGGUCUCUUAUAAGUUCAACAUUUUGAAACCUAGAGGACCAAGGAGAAUGGUUUGUUCGCUGAAGUGUUCAUCGCAGGGAGAAACUGCUUAUGACAGGUCUCUGAGUCUGGGCAAAUGCAAUGUGAAGAAACUUGAAUCUGCUGGUUCUGGAUGUACAAUUUUGAGGAACAAAGCUCCAAGGUGGCACGAACAUUUGCAGUGCUGGUGUUUGAAUUUCCAUGGCCGGGUGACAGUAGCAUCGGUGAAGAAUUUUCAACUGGUUGCAAUAGCAGAUCAGAGUCAGCCAGGAGGAAAAGGAGAUGAGGAAACAGUUCUCCUUCAGUUUGGGAAGGUAGGGGACGAUACCUUCACCAUGGAUUACAGGCAGCCCUUGUCAGCUUUCCAGGCAUUUGCGAUUUGCCUAACUAGCUUUGGUACGAAACUGGCGUGCGAGUAAAAUAUAUUCUGCUGUAUUUAUGUUUAUUUAAACAUGUGGUGCCGUGGACGUUGAAUUGUCUUCUGCUUUACACCGCUAUCUAUAGGUUUGAGUGGCUGGGGAGUUUGUGAUGUAAAUGUUGCUAUUUUAUGAUUAUGACAUGGCUUCCGCAGAAAUUAUUAUUAGCAAACAAACCUAGUGUCAGCGAGCAUGUUGGUUUUUCUAAUCCACAUUGUAUAUUAUGCAAUAAUCAUUCGAGUUUGGAUUUA